AGGGAUUUGGGGGAAGCCGCUUGGCUCUCACUGUGGAUGUGGCCAGUGGUGCUUCAGAGUGCUCCUGGCUGCCCAUUGGAGGGAUCCCUGUCCAAUCCCAGCCCCGAAGAAAUCUGAACCGGGAAAGCAGCGCCAGCCAGGACCAAUUGGAGAGGUGAACAUAGAGCCGGCAGAGGACGGGGCUGGAGGGGGACCAGUGGCCCAGCAUCCUAGCAGCAGCAGCAGCAGCAGCAGCAGCAGCAGCAGCAGCAGCGCAGAGGAGGCCUCUCCUCGCCUGCCCUGCAGCUGGCCCGGCCGGCCGGGGGACAGCCUCUCCCCCCAGACGUCCCACGGCCCCCUCCAGCAUCCUCCUCCUCUGUCCCAAAGCUGCCACUGCUGCCUGCUGCUGCUGAAGCCAGUGGGGACCAAGAGAAGACCCAGAGAGGGGCGGAAACUCCCAGCUGAGCCCCUGUCUGGAUCUGAAGGAUCAGCCUGGAAAGCAAAGUCGAUGUGGGCGCGACGUGCUCAGGUGCUGGGAGCUUCCCAAUGCCUUUUGGCACCUGCCGCUUGGGUGGAACGCAGCGCUUGAGAAGAUCCUUGGGAGGACUCCUGUCGUGUGCAGAUGAUGAAGAAGAAGACGUCGGCCCAGGAGAGCCAGACCUCCCGAGGAGAGAACCAUGGUCCAAAAAGGGUGAAGGAGGAGGAAGAAGUGGAGAUGCAGGAAGCUGCUAGCAAGGUUAUACCUGGAAAAGUUGCCAAGAAUGGGCUCCAUCAUCCAGUGCCAGGGAAGAGCCUCUUGGAGCCCGAGGCAGCCAGUGAGGAGGGGCGGCCAAUGGAGCACCGGGUGGGAUCUGGUCUCAGCACACCUGCCUUUGGGGUCUGCAGACCCCAGGUGGGAGAGAUGCUGCACUGGUGCUUGGAGUGUGGAGAAAACUUUGCCCGAAAGGCAGACUUAGAAAAGCACCGGCUGAGCCACGCCGGGCACCCCUCCUACAUCUGCAGCGACUGUGGGAGGAGCUUCCCCGAACACCUGGCCCUCCCCACCUGCCGCAGGGCCUGCGCAGCGGGCGGUUCCUUUGGCCACACGGGCUGCCAGAGGAAAAGCUUGCCUCCUCCGCCAGGCGAGCUGGUCACACACAGGAAAGAGCGGAAGGAGCUGUCCCUGCAGGAGAAGGUCCGGGUGCUGGAGGUCCUGGAAGGGCCAAAGGUCUCCCAGAGCGAACUGGCCAAAAGAUUCGGAGUCUCCCAGCCCCAGAUCUGCCGCAUCAUCAAGAACAAAGAGCGGAUCCUGGCCGAGUGGUGCAAAAACGGCAACCCCCGGCGCAAGCGGAAACUCGACGACAGAGGCGCAGCCGGCGAGGCGGCACUCCUGCAGUGGUUCGAGCACAGCUGUGCGCACAGCCUCCCCGCUAACGGGGUCCAGGCCCAAGAGAAGGCCAGGGCUCUGUCGGAGGCAGCAGAGAAGCCGGAGCUGUAUGGCUGGCUGGCUGGGUUCAAAUCGAGGCAGAGAGCCACGCCAGAAAGGCCCCGCACCGAGAAACAGAACGGGGAGCAGCCGGAAGAGGAGCACUGGGAAAAAACGGUCCUGCCCAGCCUCCUCAAUCGAUACGACCCUUCCGACGUUUACGCUUCCGGUGAAACUGCCCUCCUGUUCCGGGCAACCCCAGAAAAUCUGGCGACGGAGCAGGCAGACGACACCAAGGACAAACUGACCAUCCUCCUCUGCACCAACAUGGACGCUUCGGAUAAAAGGGACCCCCUGAUCGUCGGCAGAGGACCCAAAACGCCUGGCUUCCAGGGGGCUGGUGCAGAGGAACUGCCUGUAACCUACAGAGCCCACACCAAGAGCUGGAUGACCGCAGCCGUCUUCUUGGAGUGGCUGCAGAAGUUCAACGAAGACAUGCGGCGCAGGCAAAAGAACGUCGUGCUGUUCUUGGCCCCGUGCGCUGCGCAUCCCUGCGUGGAGCUCUCUCACGUCAAGAUGGUGUUCCUGCCUCCUCAGCCCUCCUGGAUCCACCCUCUGGAGCAAGGGGUCAUCCAGAAUUUUAAGGGUUGCUACCGGCGGAGGAUGCUCACCCGCUUGAUUGUUGGACUCAACAGCAAAGUGUUCGCUUCCCCAGGCAAACUGUCUAAACACUUAACCCUUUUGGACGCUGCCCACAUGAUCAGCCAGGCCUGGUUAGAGGUGUGUCCACAGACAGUGACCAACAGCUUCAGAGUGGCUGGCUUCAGCGUCAGGCCCCGCGUCCCAGCCCCUCCCGGGGACGUCGUGCGAGCCCUCGGGUUCAUGAACCAGGAGCAGUUUGAGCGGUUUGUGCUGAUCGAUGAAGGGUUACAGUGUUUUGGGGGGCAGGAAGGGGCUGAGAUGGCCAGGAGGGACAAGAAGCGCGGAAAAGCCGUCUGCGCGACUGCCGAGGAGGAAGAACAGGCGGACGACUCGGCUGUGCUCUCCUGUCCCUCCAAGACGGAAGUCAUGGAGAGCUUGGCCAAGCUGAGGCGCUAUUUCGAGUGCCACGUAGUCUCGCCAGCCGUGUUCCAGUCGUUCUACAAGCUGGAGGACGUGGUUCACGGGUUGUGUCUGGCUAAUAUGCAAACAUCCAGGGCCACAGCCCUUAACAAAGAGUGAACCAGAGCCCAAACCUGAAUUGUAGCUAUUUGGGUGGUCCUAUGAGCGCACAUGGCAGGGGGUUGGACUUCAUGGCCCUUCUGGUCUCUUCCAACUCUAUGAUCCUAGGGUUAGGGGUCUUCUGCUUUUCACGGAUGCAGACAUUGUAGUCUCAUAUACUAACGUUGGGAGCAGCUCAUAAAGGUUUCUAGCAAAGGGACAGAUCCUUGGCAGACUAGGCAGGGCCUUCGUCACGAGAGCCCACCCUGCUACCAGGAAAGCGACCUGACUCAAACUAAAAAGUCAUGGCAGCUUCCUGAGACCAUCUGGAGGUUUCCACAGUGGAGUAGGCUUUGUUUAUUUUAUUCACUUUAUUUCUUCCCAGUGGGGAUCCAAAGCAGCUUACAUGGUUCUCCUCUCUUCCAAUGUAUCUUCACAAUAACCCUGUGAGGUAGGUUAGACUAAGAGUAUGUUACUGUCCUAAGGCCACCCAGCCAGCUUCCAUGGCAGAAGUGGGGGUUUGAACUUCCCAGACCCUUGUCCAACCCCCUAACCACUGUGCCACGCUGGUUAGUAGAGCACAUCCCUGUUAGUGGUAGACACUGUUCCCUGCGUUCAGACGUGAGGACAGCCUGAGGAGGUACGAUGGGUGAGCCUUGCUCCUCUUCUCUGCUCCCGCCUUGAUGCUUCUCUCCAGACCAGCAUCUGAGUUGGGGAUGCUGGGAUGGCUUCUCGCUCCCUAGGCCUGCGACUAUAUGUUGUACCUGGGCAGCCUGGGGUUGAGCUAUCCCACCCCACCCCCAGGUAAAUGAGGGAGAAUCCUUGUAACGGAGGGAACAUCUGUGCUGAGGAAAGUAUGGCGGAGGCCAUGGCGAGUCAGGCAAGCCAGAAACUACGAUAGGGAAAGCUGGAAGGUCAGAAAUACUCAUUUGCCAAGGCUGCCUAGAGCCGUGGUGGCAGACCUUUGGCACUCCAGAUGUUAUGGACUACAAUUCCCAUCAGCCCCUGCCAGCAUGGCCAAUUGGCCAUGCUGGCAGGGGCUGAUGGGAAUUGUAGUCCAUAACAUCUGGAGUGCCAAAGGUUCGCCACCACUGGCCUAGAGGUUGUAUGAAGCCUGAAAAGGUGGGCUUCACCUUUCACACCCUCCUUUCCCUUGUUCUGCCCAGGUAGGCCAGAGGUGGGUAUCUGGUCUUCCCAGUCAGAAGCUUUGACUUCAUGCCCUGUAACACCCGAAGGGAAUCACCCAGACUGUGGGUCGACUGUGAGGCUCUGGGCAGGGGUCAGUCUUCCAUUUUCUUCUUUUGCUGCUGAGGUUCAGCUCACCUGUUGUGCACCUGGGACCAUCCCGCACCUCACUUCGGUCCAGCACAGUUUCCAGCACAGGACUUCCUCAGACAGAGGAAACCGGCGACACCAGCACUGCCCGAUUCCUCAACAUGGACAAUGAAACAAGAACUAGACGGAACUUCGCACAGAAGACCCAUCCGCAUGAACAGUGUCGAAAAUCAUGGUUACCAAGAGGAAGGGGAAUUAUUUCUGGGGUGGGGGGUGGAGUUAUGAGAUACCAAUUUUUGUUAGAUCUUUUAAAAAGCUCUUCUAUAAAAGAGUGUAUAAGACUUAAGGAAUAUAUCCAGUGGUGGGAUCCAAACAUUUUAGUAACAGGUUCCCAUGGUGGUGGGAUUCAAACUGUGGCGUAUCGCCAAUGGUUCUGGGCGGGGCACGACAGGGGCGUG